GGGCUUUGGGGGAGCUCCCCCCAGAGGAGAAGCAGAGAAGCAGCCCUGGGCUUCUGGUCGGAACCCUGCUGGGAACUGGUCAUCCUGAGGUCCAGGCUCAGCAACAACAGUCCUGGGGGGGUUUGGGGAGGGCAUGCCUUGUCCGUCCCCUCCAGCUCCGAGUCCCACACCUCCUGCCUGAUCGGUGACUCCCCUCUCCCUUCUCCUGGUGCUUAGGUCUGGCCAUGUGGCCAGUGGCACCUGUGACCGCUUGGUGGGCAGCUUUCUUGGCAGGUGUUAACUGAUCAGUUAGUGCCCAGACUGACCUGGCCCAUGGGUUGGCCCUCAGGAGCCUAGGGUGCCUGAGAAGGCCCGAGAGGGACCGUCCCUGGUGGCACAGGUGUGGCUGGCCCGGCCGCCUCGUCACAGGGAAAUGGGUGGUGGCUUAGUGGGGCAGGGACAGACUGCUGGGGACAGCCCUGCCCACAUGCUGCUCCCAGCUGGACCGGAGAAGGCAAGGCUGGAUAGCCCAGUUUUUGCCGCUACACCAGCCAUGGGGUCCGAGGGCCAGGCUCCCCUGGGCCCCAAGUACGUGGGCCUCUGGGACUUUGAGGCUCGGACUGCUGAGGAGCUGAGCUUCCGGGCAGGGGACCUCUUCCAUGUGGCCAGAAAGGAGGAGGAGUGGUGGUGGGCCGUGCGCCUGGAUGGGGCGGGCCGGGCCCUGGCUGAGGGCUACGUGCCCCACAACUACCUGGCUGAGAAGGAGACAGUGGAGUCAGAGCCGUGGUUCUUUGGCCGAAUCUCUCGCUCGGAAGCUCUGCACCGACUGCAGGCCAUGGGCAACGAGCAGGGGUCCUUCCUGAUUCGUGUCAGCGAGAAGCCUGGCGCCGAUUAUGUCCUCUCGGUGCGGGACCAGCAGACCGUGCGCCACUAUAAGAUCUGGUGGCGGGCCGGCCGGCUGCACCUCAACGAGGCUGUGUCCUUUCCUGGCCUGUCUGAGCUCGUGGACCACCACAAGGUCCAGAGCCUGUCCCACGGCCUGCGGCUGACCUCGCCCUGCCGGAAGCACGAGCCAGAGCCCCUGCCCCACUGUGACGAUUGGGAGAGGCCACGGGAGGAGUUCACGCUCUGCAGGAAGCUGGGCUCCGGCUACUUCGGGGAGGUCUUUGAAGGGUUCUGGAAGGACAAGGUCCGAGUGGCCAUCAAGGUGAUCGCCCGAGCCGACCUUCUGCAUCAGCACACGUUCCAGUCGGAGAUCCAGGCCAUGAAGAAGCUGCGGCACAAGCACAUCCUGGCUCUGUACGCGGUGGCAUCUGUGGGGGAUCCAGUGUACAUCGUCACGGAGCUCAUGCCCAAGGGGAGCCUGCUGGAGCUGCUGCGGGACUCCGACGAGAAAGCCCUGCCUGUCUCAGAGCUGAUGGACAUUGCAGCACAGGUGGCCGAGGGCAUGUGCUACCUGGAAUCACAGAACUACAUACACCGGGACCUAGCUGCCAGGAACAUCCUCGUCGGGGAAAACAACAUCUGCAAAGUUGGGGACUUCGGGCUGGCCAGGCUCAUCAAGGAGGACAUCUAUCUCUCCUAUGACCACAAUGUCCCUUACAAGUGGACCGCCCCAGAGGCGCUCUCCCGAGGGCAUUACUCCAUCAAGUCUGACAUCUGGUCCUUCGGGGUUCUCCUCCACGAGAUUUUCAGCAGGGGUCAGACGCCCUAUCCAGGCAUGUCCAACCACGAGGCCUUCCUGAGGGUGGAGAGCGGCUACCGCCUGCCCCGCCCCCCAGAGUGCCCGCCCACCACACACAAGCUGAUGCUCUCCUGCUGGCACAAGGACCCUGAGCAGAGACCCUACUUCAAAGGGCUGUGGGAGAAGCUCUCCAGCCUAACGAGGUACGAGAACCCGCUCUGAGCUCACAGCCUCCCUGCAGCUGCCCAGAGGCCAGGCCAGCCCUCAUGAGUCAAGCAAGGCCUGAGGACCUCAGAUCAUGGCUGUGGACCACCCCAGUUCACUGAGGAUUUGCCGAAGGUACGGCCCACUCCCAGAACCAUCUGGACACUCCUGGGAAGGGGCUCUGGCAGACCUGGGCCUACCCCUUCCCCAGUGCAGCCUGGAGCUGGGGCUGUCCCUUCCCCUGAUGCCAGCACCUGCAAAGUACCAGGCACCCUACAGUCAACGUCUGCCCUGGAGCCAGAUCACCCCUCUUUCCUCAGAAUGGACCUGUCCCUGGUCCUGACUUGAAGCCCACCAACUAGCAGGACCAGGGUCAAGCCUCCCUGGCCGUGUGGUGGGGACCUAGGCUUUGGCUGUACCUCCUCUGCCCCCUGGCCCUGCCUGAGCCUUGGACUUGAGGGGGUGUGACCCCCCCAGUCCUCCGCAGAGACAGGCACUGACACCUGCUCCCCGGGGGCCAGUGCUGUUCCUGUCCACCUGCCUUGGCAAACACCUGCCCCGGCGUGUCUGGGGGCCUCCUCUGGACACUGUGGCCAGGAGGACUGGGUGGGGGUCCGGCUAAUCCUUGAGGUGGACCCCCCCACCCAGCCUUAGCACUGACCACCAGCCUUCCCUGGGACCACAGGAGAGCCUGCCCCCCAGCCUGCAACCUGCCUGGACACACAGAGGGCAGGCGGGACAGACAGUGUAGGCUUUGGGGGCUACGAGCCACCCAAAUGACUUAUGUGACUUAGAACAGAGUUGGGGUGGGGCGGCCAGAGGAUGGGCCCCUCCAGCAGAGCCUGGCCCUCCAAGCAUGGGAGGCCACCCUCUAAGCCUCUGACUUCACACCAAAGCUCUGUCCACUGCCUCACUGAACUGCCCUCUCCUGACCCCACACCCCAGUCAAACUCUGCUGGCCACUGAAUGUGGACACCACCAGCCCACCCCUCAGGCCUGUCCCAGGAGGCUGGCAGAGGAUGAGGACCUCUCCCUCGCAACACCACACAGGCCUCCGGAGUCAGACUCUGCCCAAAGCUGGGCUUCCCUGGUGAGAGCGACCCACAGGAGCCUCCCACACUUGCUUCCCCUCUGCCUCAGUGGGGUGCCGGGGCCUCAGAUCCACCCGGGGGUUGGGGGCCCUGUCCAGAGUGUGUCCUACAAGAGAAGAGAGGAGGUAACAUCCUUAACAGAAGACACAUGGGAGAAAAGAGGGCAAGCAAGUUUGAGGACUGCCUCCUCAAGGUCCUCCAGGGGGCACUGGCAUCCCUCUGACCCCAAGGUAGAGACCCUGCCGGCCUCCUAUAGCAGCAGCAAGAGGGGCCAGGGGUGGAAUCACAAUAGAGGGCUCUGACCUCAGCAGCUGCCUUGGAAGCUUUUUCUUGGACUGCCUGCUCUCCCUGGUUUCCCGAAAUAGCCAGGGACCCCACCCCUUCUCAGAUGCAAGGCUCCACACUCACUGGAGCUGUCUGCCCACAUGAACCUGGGUCAGACCUCAGAGAAGGCCCCUAGGAGGGGUUCCAGGAAGGCCAAGGAGCAUGGCCAGCUCUCUCACACCUGGAAAUGAGAAGGUUGAGGGGUUAGUGACUUCUCCCUCAGGGGCGCGGGAACACACAGCUCUCUCUCUCACACACACACACACACACCAGGCUGCUCACUCUUGGAGUUUAUUGUCCACUUGGUGCAAGGCACAGGGUUCCGGGAUGUGAGGAAGGCGUGUUCGUGUGGCUCGGAUAGCAGAGAGUGGGGUUCUCUCAACUUCCUUUUUGGUGUUUUGAUAUUAAAAACCGAACUGCUUCCCUUGA